GUCAAUCCCUAGAGCUUCUGGUAGGCGCAGGCAUCCGUGAUGUGAUCCACGCGCCGUCAGGGAGCUUUACAAAAACAUUGGUACAGCACAGGACCUAGUUGGUGAAAUUUCCACGACAAUUCUUCGGCAUACCAACUUUACGUUCGAUUAUCACCCAGUUCCCAGCACUUGCGACGCAACUAAGAAUCAACACCUGCUCAACCUCGCUCACUCUUCCCUCUCCUGACGGCCCUCGGAAGCCCGCAAGACAGCGCCAUAGACGCGCCACCCACACAAUGGCCUUCCUAAUCCUCGUCAUUGGGGACCUACAUAUACCAGACCGAGCACUUGAUAUACCGCAAAAGUUCAAGAAACUCUUGUCACCUGGCAAGAUUGGACAGACACUAUGUCUAGGGAACCUGACAGACAAGCAUACAUACGAGUACCUACGAUCGAUUGCGCCGGACCUUAAGAUCGUGAAGGGGCGUUUCGAUGUAGAGGCCACGUCACUGCCGCUCUCGCAGGUUGUUACCCACGGAUCGCUGCGCAUCGGCUUCGUCGAAGGCUUUACGCUUGUGUCCACCGAACCCGACCUGUUGCUAGCCGAGGCGAACAAACUCGAUGUCGAUGUGCUAUGUUGGGGCGGUACCCACCGCUUUGACGCCUUCGAGUACAUGGACAAGUUCUUCGUCAACCCCGGCAGUGCAACCGGGGCCUACACAACAGGCUGGACGAAGGAGGGUGAGGAAAUGGUACCGAGCUUUUGCUUAAUGGAUGUACAAGGAAUAUCACUCACGCUCUACGUAUAUCAGUUGAGGAAAGAUGCUAAUGGCGUAGAGAACGUGGCGGUCGAGAAAGUGACUUACACAAAACCUGUAGAGCCAACAGGAGGCUCCUCAUGAGUGUGAAAGAUUGCUGGUCUAACGAGAGACAUGAGAUAUCCCAAGAUAACGAAUAGCUAAUCUAUGAACCGCGAUCAUUUCCAAAUUCGCCCUGUUUUUGCGCAAAUAAUAGUAUCUUUAGCUGUGAGAUUAGAUUGUCCAUCAAAGACAACGUAAGACAUGAUGUAAUCAAGUUAAAAC